CGUGGUUAACGGUCGCGGGAAGCCGCGGAACGCGAACUUGCGGCCGAACUUGCGGAGACCUUCGCCUCGUACCGGGACUGGCCAGUGUCCACUGUCCUGACCGCCCCGCGGCCAGUCGCCGUCGCCGCGUCGGGAGCUUGGAGCGCCUCGGAGCCGCCACCCGGGUGCCGCCGCCGGCUCCGUAGCGCAGGCCUGCUGCAGCCUCGGCCCGGCGCGCCGGAUCGCACGUGGCGGACCCGCCCCCUGGGCCAGCCGCGACCUGGACGCCGCCGCCGCCGGCCUGUGCUCGCCUGUCCUCCGCUCUCCCGUGCUCCGCCGGGGCUGCAGCCGGGAAAUGAGCUUCCUGAGCCGACAGCAGCCGCCGCCCACCCGCCGCGCCGAGGCCGCCUGCAGCUUGCGGCAGAAGCUCAUCUUCGCCCCGGGCAGCGAUUGUGAGGAGGAGGAGGAGGAAGAGGAGGAGGAGGAAGGCAGCGGCCACAGCACCGGGGAGGACUCGGCCUUCCAGGAACCCGAUUCGCCGCUGCCGUCUGCUCGCAGCCCCGCCGAGGCCGAAGCCGAGCGCCGCCGCUCGCCCGGCGCGGAGCCCAGCAGCCCCGGAGAGCUGGAGGACGACCUGCUGCGGGGCGGCGGCGGCGGCGGCGCGGAAGCGGCGGGCGGCGGCGGCGAGGGCGACUCUUGGGAGGAGGAGGGUUUCGGCUCGUCGUCGCCCGUCAAGUCACCGGCCACCGCCUACUUUCUGGGCCCGUCGUUUUCGCCGGUGCACUGCGGCGGCCCGGGCGAUGCGUCCCCGCGGGGUUGCGGGGCGCCGCGGGCCAUGGAGGGCCCCUGCUCGCCGCAGCCCGACUAUCCAAGCACCCCGCCGCACAAGACUUUCCGCAAGCUGCGGCUGUUUGACACGCCGCACACGCCCAAGAGUUUGCUUUCCAAAGCUCGAGUAAUUGAUUCCAGCUCUGUUAAACUCCGGGGUGGUUCUCUAUUCAUGGACACAGAAAAAUCAGGAAAAAGAGAAUUGGACACACGGCAAACUCCUCAUGUGAAUAUUAAUCCUUUUACUCCGGAUCCUGUAUUGCUUCAUUCCUCGGGACGGUGUCGUGGGAGAAAGAGAGCAUAUUUUAAUGAUUCCUCUGAAGACAUGGAUGCCAGUGAUUAUGAGUUUGAAGAUGAAACAAGACCUGCUAAAAGAAUUACAAUUACUGAAAGCAAUAUGAAGUCACGGUAUGAAACUGAAUUUCACGAGCUGGAAAAAAUUGGUUCUGGAGAAUUUGGUUCUGUGUUUAAGUGUGUGAAGAGGCUAGAUGGAUGCAUUUAUGCCAUUAAGCGAUCAAAAAAGCCAUUGGCUGGCUCUGUUGAUGAGCAGAAUGCUUUGAGAGAAGUAUAUGCUCAUGCUGUGCUUGGACAGCAUUCCCAUGUGGUUCGCUAUUUUUCUGCAUGGGCAGAAGAUGACCAUAUGCUUAUACAGAAUGAAUAUUGUAAUGGUGGGAGUUUAGCUGAUGCCAUAAAUGAGAACUACAGAAUCAUGAGCUACUUUACUGAAGGGGAGCUGAAGGAUCUGCUUUUGCAAGUCGGCCGGGGCUUGAGAUACAUACACUCAAUGUCUUUGGUUCACAUGGAUAUAAAACCUAGUAAUAUUUUCAUAUCUCGAACCUCAAUCCCGAAUGCUGUCUCUGAGGAAGGAGAUGAAGAUGACUGGAUAUCCAACAAAGUUAUGUUUAAAAUAGGUGAUCUUGGGCAUGUGACAAGAAUCUCUAGUCCACAAGUUGAAGAAGGUGAUAGUCGUUUCCUAGCAAAUGAAGUUUUACAAGAGAACUAUAGUCAUCUACCAAAAGCAGAUAUUUUUGCCCUUGCUCUCACAGUCGUAUGUGCUGCUGGUGCUGAACCCCUUCCCAGAAAUGGAGACCAGUGGCAUGAAAUCAGGCAGGGUCGAUUACCUCGGAUUCCACAAGUGCUUUCCCAGGAGUUGACAGAGUUGCUAAAAGUUAUGAUUCAUCCUGAUCCGGAAAGAAGGCCUUCGGCAAUGGUGCUGGUGAAACAUUCAGUCUUGCUGUCUGCAUCUAGAAAGAGCGCAGAGCAGUUACGAAUCGAAUUGAAUGCUGAAAAAUUCAAAAAUUCUCUUUUGCAGAAAGAACUCAAGAAAGCCCAAAUGGCAGCCAAAGUUGCAGCUGAGGAACGGGCACUCUUCACGGAUCGGAUGGCCACUAGGUCCACCACCCAGAGUAAUAGAACUUCUCGACUUAUUGGAAAGAAAAUGAACCGCUCUGUCAGCCUAACUAUAUACUGAACUGCUCGCAUUCCCCAUUGCCCCCCCCCCCCCCCCAAAAAAAAAAAACUGUGACAAGAGGAAGCUAGGUUGAAAAUCACUGCUAGAAUCCGCUUUGCAUUUACUUGUCCGUUGGGAUCAGUAGUUUUCCUGAAAUGCCUUGUAGGACUUAAGUGAAUUACAGUUGAGAGCUACAUUCUGACUUGGCUAUGUCAGGCUUGUGUCUCAUUUUCCCGUCUGUUUCAUGUAGGAUGUCAGUCACUGUUGGAUGUUCCACAGCCUUUGCAGGGUUAACCACUGUGGGGGUGUGCUGCUUAUCAUUCACUGUUGCAGUGUAAUGAAAGGUAUCUUUCCUUGUUACAACCCUUAGGAAGGACUCAAGGGCUUUACUAGGAACAUCCUCUCCCUUCAGAAAGGGAGACGCUCAGAGACUAGUACUACUCAGCCUCCGAUGUACCUGUGUCAGUCCAUGUCUCUUUUUUCUAUUGUGAAUUGUACUUGUAUAUCCGACUGGGAGCACUUUAGGCAUCGUGUGCACCAUGGAAUGGUCAUUCUGUGGGCCUUGCCUUGUGAAUUUGCUGCUAUUUUAGUUUCCUCUUGCUGUAAAACUAGCAUUAAACAAUCAUUGUUGUUAAUAGGCUUUCUUUCAAAACAAUUAUGUGAACUAUGUAGCUGCUCGUCAUGAAAAGCAGCUUUGCCUUUUUUCCUUUGGACUUUGAAGCUAGUGCAUUGAAAAAGUGCACCUAUCCCCUCCUUGUUUGAAUGCUGUAUUAAUGUAGUAUAAUUAUUACUGGUUUUGUAAUUUUUUCUUAUAAUGUCCUUCUCUGACUUUAAAACAUGUUUCCUUCCUCCUGUCAAGUCUUGUACUUGGUUGUAAGGUUAGCCUAUUUUUAAAUGUUUCUCCUGGUUUCUCUUCAAUAUUUGUAUAUAUAAACCGAUCUUGGUAAUACUGUACAUAGCUGUUUGAAAUGCCAGAAUGACUUCUGACUAUUCCAAGUUUUACACAAAAUACAUUUUACCUGUGAUUAGCCAUUCGACUAACAAGGUGUGGCUCAUAGAUGUUGCCCUCCAAAAGGAAAAAAAUAUGUCUCAUUUGUUUUCCUAUUAACUUUUGGUCUGAAAAACAUUUGCACUUGUCUGUUUGACUUGUGUUAUAUUAACAUUGGUGUAUUAAAAGUCGCUCUGUGCUUACCUUAA